GCCGUUGGGAGUUAGCUCCCUUCCCAAACAUCUUGGCGAUGUAAAAACUAGAAGCUCACAUGAUAGAUCUAUUUCGCAAUAUUUGUAAGCUUUGAAAUGGCGCUUGAGGACAUUUUUGCGAGAGGCAUUCUCUUGAAAUAUCUACUGCCAGUUGUCAUUGUCAUAGUUGUCAUUGCAUUUUCCAGAAAGAAACUGCACCAACUUCGCAUGCGACUAAUCGCAUGGAUUGGAAAUAGGUUUUUGAAGAAAAUGCACAAAAAGAUUCGAAAUGAGAAAGCAAGUGUGUUUUCUGAAUUGAAAUCACAAGCAAGCAAAGCAAAACGUCCUUUGCAGCUUUUAGAAAUCGGUUCAGGAAGUGGAAUGAACUUCAAGAACUUUCCAAAAGGCUCAGAAAUAAUUUGCUUGGACCCAAAUCCUUACAACAAAACUUACUUACAAGAGAAUCUUCAUCUUCGGAAUCCGGAUGUAAGCAUCAAGAAGUUUGUGGUGGGAUUCGCGGAAAGUAUGCCUGAGGUAGAAGAUAGCAGCUGUGAUGCUGUUGUCUGUACCUUGGUGCUGUGCACUGUCAGGGAUGUCAAGGCCGUUUUAGGAGAAGUCCUAAGAAUAUUAAAACCAAAUGGAAUCUUCUACUUUGUUGAACAUGUGGCAGCCAGGAAGGGCUUGUUCAAGAGGAAGCUGCAGAAUUUGAUCAACCCGCUGUGGAAGAAGAUGGCGGACGGAUGCAACGUGAACAGGGAGACGUGGAAUGACAUCCGUCAAGCUGGUUUCUCAAAAGUUGACCUCACAGAUUUUGAUGUAAACAUGUUUAAAACUCACACUCCAGGUAUCUAUGGAAAGGCUGUCAAAUAAAGUGGAAAAUGAA